ACCUGGAAGCAAGGCUUCAGCUGCCAACCUGUGCCCUGGCGAUGUUAUUGUAGCUAUUGAUGGUCUAAGCACAGAGAACAUGACACAUAACGAUGCCCAGGAGAGAAUUAAAGCAGCUGCACAUCAGCUCUGUUUGAAAAUAGAGAGGGCAGGAACUAAAUUAUGGUCCCCACAAGUUUCAGAAGAUGGCAAAGCGCACCCCUUCAAGAUAAAUUUGGAAGCUGAACCACAGGAUAUGAACUACUUUGAACACAAGCAUAAUAUUCGGCCCAAACCUUUCGUAGUCUCAGGCCGAAGCAGUGGAUGCAGCACUCCUUCGGGGAUUGACUGUGGCAGUGGACGCAGCACCCCCUCUUCAAUUAGCACGGUUAGCUCCAUCUGCCCUACCGAGCUGAAAGCAGUGUCUAAGAUGGCCCCUAACAUUCCCUUGGAAAUGGAGCUUCCCGGUGUCAAGAUCGUACACGCUCAGUUUAACACACCUAUGCAGUUGUACUCAGAUGACAAUAUCAUGGAAACACUGCAAGGCCAAGUUUCUACAGCUCUGGGGGAAACACCCAUAAUAAGUGACCCAGCUCCCAACUCAGUGCCUCAGUCGGACGUGUACAAGAUGCUGCACACCAACCAGGAGGAGCCCACUCAACCUCGCCAGUCUGGCUCCUUUAAGGUGCUCCAGAAUUUAGUCUCCGAGGAAGAUGGACGCCCUGUGGGUACAAGAAGUGUGAAAGCACCUGUGACAAAGAUACCUACUGCCAUGCCUGGUGCCCAGAAAGUGCCACUGUGCGACAAGUGUGGGAAUGGGAUUCUAGGAACAGUGGUGAAGGCCCGUGAUAAAUACCGGCACCCAGAAUGUUUUGUGUGCUCUGACUGCAAUCUCAACCUGAAACAAAAAGGCUACUUCUUUGUGGAGGGCCAGCUAUACUGUGAAGCUCACGCACGGGCUCGCAUGAGGCCACCAGAGGGAUAUGAAGCAGUCACCGUGUACCCAAAAUGCUAGUCUUCUGUUAACACACGAAUAUAUGCAUGCACACAAAACGCCAUGAACAGCUUAGAACUGCAGUACAACUGUCAGGACUUCUGCCUGAUUCCAAAGUAGCAGCUUUUAAACCUUUUCGUGUGGGAUUCUGAGGGAGGUGGAAGUCCCUGCUAGCCACCAGUAGCAUAUUAUACCAGUAAAAUUCUGUUAAAAUGUUGUCUUUGAAGUUGCCAAUACCACUCAAUGAAUUAUACAUGAAAAUAGCCGUACUGGAAUACAAAAAGUGAAACAGCUGAGGUAUUACAUGAUUGCUACAGCAUAUACAUAAGUGCUGUAAUCAAGAUAGUAUUUUUAACAUAGAUCUGUGCAAGUAUCUGUGCAAACACCAAAGCCAUCAAAGUGUUACAGGUUGGGCCCUAACAAAUGUAGAAACUUGACAGAUCAUUAGAAGAGCAGCUAUUUUACAUGGAUAGUACAAACCAAGCAGUUGUUCAGGUCUGCUUCCACCAUGUAUUAUUCAACUACCAGUGAUGUAUGCC